GCGGGAGACAAAUCAAUGACCUGCCAGCACAGCACGAGGUCGAAUCAGCAGGAUAUCCAAUUUAGGCUGAGGGGCACCCUAGUCUGGAUUUUUGGCUGCAGUCAUGGGAAUGUUUUCCGCUUUGUUUUCCGGAAUUCCGGAAAUUCCAAUUCAAAUGUUCUCGCUUCUUUGUUGAGUCCGUAUAUAAUAUCUCGUUUCGCGUUGACACCCCAUCCUCAUCCCCAUCAACCCCUCCUUAGCCCGCGUCUUGGAUGCGGCUGAAGUGACAGUCGCAGGUGAAAGUCCUUGGGCAUGCACAAUUGUUCAUAAAUUUGGUCCCAUUCGCGAACAAACAGCCCGUCUUCCAUAAAUCGCGACUCGAUGGCGUCGACUACGCCCCUGCUUCAAAAGCGCAAAAGGCACUCGUCCUUCGCCGACAGCUCUGCAAGGCAAGACGAGCCUGCAAAGAAAGCAACCUCCAAGGGUUCUUCCGACUCCUCACAAGAGAAAGGUGAAUACGAGACAGGCCGCGUUAUCUGCGAAGCGUGCGGUGAGGGGGUGUCCUUCCGUGACGUAGCAACCGGAGGAUUCACGGUGCAGCAUUGGGAAGCGCAUCGGCUGCAAUGCUCAAAUGGCCUACAGCAAAGUCCGGAACCUAUACCUCCAACGGAAGACGCACCAAUGGAUAGGCAGCCGCCACCUAGCAAGCGUCGACGCGCCAAAAGAUCCGAGGAAGAACGGAUAGACUAUUUGCGUUCUGACCCAUACGUCGCCAAGUUCGAGGCGUACCGUGUCCUUUGCGCUUCAUGCGACAAGUGGAUCCGCCUGCGACCGAACUCAACGUACUGCUCCAUCCCAUGGGAUGCCCACCGUAAGAGCUGUUUGGCGAAGAGAGCCGCUAAGUCUUCCAAACCUGUCGACGACAGGACUGCGUUGUUUGCAAACGAUCCCAAUGUCAGAAAAUUUGACAGCGAACGCGUCUUGUGUAAACUUUGCGAGACGUGGAUUCCUCUGGGAGCAUCUGACAACCUUCAUGCUGUCAAGAUUUGGAUGGAUCAUCGCGCGGCCUGUCAGCAAGUUAUUCUGACGAGUGAGCGCAGCUCCAGCCCCAUAGCUACCGUUCCAAGCAUUGCCAGCGUUCCUCCUCCCUCAAAGCACUUACUCGCUCUCGCAUCUUCCUCGUCGCUGCCCGCUCAAACUCCGUCACGUGUGUCUUCUAGCAGCAGCACAUCUACAUCUGCGGCCCCUUCAGGCUCUCGAGACCUAACGCCGACUAGCUUUUCCCCAAACGCGGAACCAAGGCGGAAGAAUGCAGAGCAGCGAGCGGCACAGCUGCGCGCCGAUCCAUUGGUAGGCGAUCUGGAGCCCAACCGCGCCUUCUGCUCGCUUUGUCGAAAGUGGGUGCAGUUAAGACAGGACAGCACCUAUUGUGCAUAUCCUUGGCAGCAACACCGAGCCAAAUGUCUCAAGAGACAGGAAAAGCGUAUUCAGACGGAAGUAGAUCUCGCUGACUUCAGAGAGCGCGAGGGUGUGGCGAUCGAUAUGCGGCUUCGAUUCUCCGAGGCUACCAGGCACGAUAGUGAUGAACCCGAAUCUGAAGAAGGCGUUGAAUCUGGAAACGAGAUAGGACAGGGCAGAAGACCAGUGGCUAGGCGAGAAGAACAUCCUAAGGCUCAGGCCCUAAGGAAUGUGUCUACCCUGCCCAGCCUAACCGUGUAUAGCAGUGAUCGGAUGACCGGUACGAAGUCCCCAGUAGAACACCAUCCCCAUGGCGGCAUAGUUCGUGCCGGAGAGGACAAUGGCCGUCCUGGUCAGCUCGCGGACUUGGAGACUCCUCUAGGACGCAUCGACUUCGCCUUCCUUGCCGUCGUUCAUCUAUUCGCUUCCACAUACGAGCGGACGGAUGAGUUGACCAUCGCCGCGCUUGUCAUAUACUUGAAUGCAGCCAUGCCGCCCGACAAGCACGAAGACUUCGACACAGCAGAGGUGAUGAAAGCUGCUAUAACGCUGCACGAACGUGGCUGUUUCGUCUUGGAAGGCGAUGUUAUCCGGGUAAUGGGUUGAUUCGAACAAUGCCCCCCUUUCUUGGCAAUGUGGUAGAUUACGAACAGUGCUCCAUCAUUUUUAGUACGCGUUUCAUUCUUUCGCUACCUUUGUCCUCAGCAGCUGUUAACACGGUACCGUAUGAGAACUCGAAAUUGUAGACUCCCGAAGUUCGGAUGAUCCGCAGGAAUGUUAUUUACUUACAGUGUCCGUCCGUUCAUGAUACCCGAAUGUGACCGCCAUGUAAUUCUUUUAGCUACGAAGUGGACGUUGGUUCCUUAAUGCACAUGUUGAAAUUGUAGAGGGGCUCGCUCAUUCAAGAUUGUCAUAGCGACU